UAUGUCCGACUUGUCUCCGAGGUGUCGAAAGUGGAAACAGAGUUUCCAAAAAUUCAAGAACAAUAUCGAACUCUAGAAAAAUAUGAAGUUCCACUUUCAUUCGACGUGAAAAGAAAAGUAAAAGGAAUUGACGAAGCCUGGGCUGGAUUUCUAGAAGUUAUUGCUAGUUGUGAAACAAUGCUAAUGGAAAGAAAGGAAACCUUCAAAAAUCAACUGUUGGAUGAUGCAGCAAUAUUCAAGCACGAUGCUGUAUCACUUUCGGAGAAACUGUACACCAGUGGACCCUUUUCAUCCGACUGGAAAUCAUCAGAUGCUAUAGCGUGGCUGAAAGCCUUUCACAAAGAAAUUGACUUCCUUAGAGCAAGAGAGAGCAAACUGAAAUAUGAUUUAGCUGUUUUUGGUAUCAGCCAUCCAGAUUCAAUGGAACUAGCGAAACUUGAAAAAGAUCUUACUGCUAUCGAAUUGAUUUGGCAGCUUACAGAUGAGUGGAAUGAAGCAUGGGAACGUUAUAAGACAGGAAAUUUCUGGACGAUUGGAAUUGAUGAAAUGGAUGCAACGGCCAAUGCCCUAUUUCGUAAAUUUACGAGAUUCGCUAAAGAAUUGAAAGAAAAGAAUUGGGAAAUUGUUGAAACUACAAGAACUCGGCUAGAUAAGUUCAGGCGAACACUACCUCUGAUAACUGACUUGAAAAAUCCAGCGAUGAGAGAGCGGCAUUGGAAACGUGUUGAAGAAAUUGUCGGUAAAGAGUUUGAUCAAAACUCGCCAGACUUUACAUUAGAUGCUAUCGCAGAAAUGCAACUGCAGAUAUUUGCUGAUCAAAUCAGUGAGCUAUCAAAUGCAGCGACGAUGGAGCUGAAUGUAGAACUGGGUUUGAAAAACAUCAACGAAGUAUGGAAGAAGAUGAUGCUUGAAAUGGUACCAUACAAAGAUCAGGGAAUAUUCAGACUCAAAACAGUUGACGACAUCACUCAAGCAUUAGAAGAUCAUCAGAUUCAGUUAUCCGCCAUGAAAUCCACGAGAUUUGUUGAACCGUUUGCGGUAGAAGUAGAUUAUUGGGAAAGAGCACUAUCUGACGUGAAUGAGGCAUUAGACGCAGUUCUCUUGGUACAACGAAGCUACAUGUAUCUCGACAACAUAUUUUACUCGGAAGAUAUUAGAAAACAGCUGCCAAAAGAGACAGACGAUUUUGACAAGAUAACUAUGACAUGGAUGGAAGUCAGUGGGCGCAUAGCAGCUAACGGGCUUGCUUUGAAAGUAACUCGUGACCCACCUGACCUCUUGAAUAGAUUGAACAAACUGAAUGAUGAAUUGGAUGGAAUCCAACAUGCCCUUGAUGCGUAUCUAGAAACAAAACGACAUGUAUUCCCGAGGUUCUAUUUCAUAUCAAAUGAUGAUCUCCUUGAAAUUCUGGCAAACUCAAAAAAGCCUGAACUAAUUCAACCGCAUGUCAAGAAGUUGUUUGAAAAUAUUAAAUCUCUGAGAAUAUCCAAGGUAAACACACUGACAAAUAAACAAGUUAUUGAAGGCAUGACUUCAUCCGAAGGCGAAUAUGUUGAGUUUUUGUUUACUACGACACUAGAGGGACCAGUGGAAGUAUGGUUGUGCGAAGUUGAAGCAGCUAUGCGGGGUUGUCUCAGAGAAGUAUUGCGACAAUGUCGGAUAGCUUUGAGAAAAAUGCUAGCGAAACGUGACAGGUGGGUCAAGGAAUGGCCCGGUCAACCUGGGAUCACUUCGACUCAAAUUCAAUGGACCACUGACUGUACAAGAACACUUUUACAUUGCAAAUUACUUGAAUCCAAGAAACCAUUGAAAAAACUGAAGAAAAAACAAAAUCAAGUACUGACAAAGUAUUCUGAGGCUAUUCGUGGAAAUCUGAAUAAACUUCAACGUUUGAAGUUGAAAGCAUUAGUUGUCAUAGAAAUCCAUGCCAGGGAUGUGAUUGAAAAAAUGUACAAAAUGAACUGCAUGGAUGUCUCCGCAUUUGAAUGGCUCUCUCAACUACGUUUUUACUGGGACAGAGAUAUUGAUGAUUGCUUAGUUCGGCAGACGAACACAUUUUUCGUUUACGGAUACGAAUAUCUCGGAAAUUCCGAACGCCUUGUCAUCACUCCGUUAACUGAUCGUUGUUACAUAACCUUGACAACUGCACUGCAUCUUCAUCGAGGAGGCAGUCCAAAAGGUCCGGCAGGAACCGGAAAAACUGAAACAGUGAAGGACUUGGGUAAGGCUUUGGGAUUCAAUGUAAUAGUACAAAACUGCUCUGAAGGCUUGGAUUAUAAGAGCAUGGGUCGACAAUUUUCUGGACUUUCCCAAACAGGAGCUUGGGGCUGCUUUGAUGAAUUUAAUAGAAUAAAUAUAGAAGUACUGUCUGUUGUUGCACAACAGAUACUGUCAAUAUUAACUGCUCUGGCGCAAAAAUUAAUACGCUUUACAUUUGAAGGAAGUGAAAUUGGUCUGGUACAUACUUGUGGAAUAUUCAUUACAAUGAAUCCUGGUUAUGCCGGACGCACCGAACUUCCGGAUAAUCUUAAAUCCAUGUUUCGCCCAAUAUCUAUGAUGGUGCCAGAUAGCAGCAUGAUUGCUGAAAUCAACCUGUUUGGUGAAGGUUUUCAAAAUACGCGUGUGUUGGCUAAAAAAGUGUUUACUUUGUACACGUUAGCUCAACAACAACUCAGUAAACAAUUUCAUUAUGAUUUUGGCCUGCGAGGAAUAGUGACGCUAACUCGUUAUGCUGGAAAAAAAAGAAGAUUGUAUCCAAAUCUCCCCGAUGAAGAGGUUAUCAUUUUGGCCAUGAAAGAUAUGAAUAUUGCAAAACUAACUACAGAUGAUCUACCACUUUUCAUCGGGAUUACUUCGGAUCUAUUUCCUGGUGUUGAAGUUCCAAGUAUAGAUUACGAAAAACUCAUAAAUGAUAUUAGUGCCCAGAUACUACAAUUAAAGCUACAGGUCAUUCCAAUUACGAUUACGAAAGUGAUUGAACUUUACGAAACAAAAAAUUCUCGACAUUCGACCAUGAUUGUCGGACAAUCGAAUACAGCCAAAUCAGUGACAUGGAAGUUGCUAAAGAACACUUUGUCACAAAUGAAAAAAGAUGGGAAACCUGGUGCGAAUCUCGUGUUUGAGUAUCCAAUUAAUCCAAAGGCUUCGAACCUUGGUGAGUUGUAUGGAGAAUACAACCUGUUGACUGGUGAAUGGCUCGACGGUGUGAUAUCUUCUAUCAUGCGGAAGACUUGUGCAGAAGAUACCCCAGAUGAGAAAUGGAUACUCUUUGACGGCCCGGUUGAUGCUGUUUGGAUAGAAAAUAUGAAUAGUGUGAUGGAUGAUAAUAAGAUCCUUACACUUGUGAACAAUGAUCGAAUCACGAUGCCCGAACAAGUAUCACUCUUGUUUGAAGUCCAAGAUUUAGCUGUAGCAUCGCCAGCAACAGUGUCAAGAGCUGGGAUGGUUUAUAAUGAUUAUAAAGAUCUUGGAUGGCGUCCAUAUGUGACCUCAUGGAUGCAACAAUACGAGGACAAGCCAGAGUAUCAAGAAGAGUUAAAGCAGUUGAUGAAUCGUUUCGUGGACACGACGUUAAAUUUCAAGCGUUCGAAAUGCGAAGAAACUGUGCCUGUAUCAGAAUUGAAUUUGGUUCAAUCGCUCUGUAAGCUUUUAGAAGUAUUGGCCACGCCGAAAAAUGGUGUGGAAAUGGGUGAAGACCCAGAUGCUUACAGUACUGUGUGCAAAAUGUGGUUCUUAUUUUGUAUGAUAUGGUCACUUUGCGCCACAGUAAACGAGGACGGCCGACAAAAAAUGGACAAUUUUGUAAGAGAAAUGGAAGGAAGUUUUCCAGUAAGAGAUACAGUAUAUGAAUAUUACGUGGAUGUUCGACAACGGGGUUUCGUUUGUUGGGAAGACCGGCUUUCUCCAACAUGGAAAUGCGUCAAAUACGAGAUUCCCUUUCAUAAAAUCGUAGUUCCUACGGUGGACACAGCUCGAUAUGAUUACAUAGUGAGCAUGCUGUUAUCGCACGGGUUUCCUGUGCUCCUUGUUGGUCCGGUGGGCACAGGGAAAACAUCAACCGCUCAAUCUGUACUUGAAGCCUUAAACCCAAGAAAGUAUUCGUUGUUGACCAUCAAUAUGUCUGCGCAAACUACUUCUAACAAUGUCCAGGAAGCUAUAGAAUGUAGGAUCGAAAAACGAACGAAAGGUGUGUACGUUCCAUUCGCUGACAAGACUAUGAUCACAUUUAUGGAUGAUUUCAAUAUGCCGAUGAAAGAAAUCUAUGGUUCUCAGCCCCCCUUAGAAUUGAUACGUCAGUGGAUAGGAUACGGAUUUUGGUACGAUCGACAAAAGCAAACUCGAAAAUACAUUCAAAAGAUGCAAUUAUUAGCUGCAAUGGGACCACCCGGGGGUGGCCGUAAUUCAAUUACGAAUCGGCUACUCACUAAGUUCAAUGUGAUUAAUAUGACAUUUCCGGCAGAGAAGCAAAUAGUUCGCAUUUAUGGCACAAUGUUGAAUCAGCAGCUACAUGAAUUCCACAAUGAGGUCAAAUCUCUGGCAAGUGACAUAACAUCCGCAACCAUUGAUAUGUAUACCAAUGUCAUUCAAAAGAUGUUACCUACACCAGCAAAGAUGCACUACUUAUUCAACUUGCGAGACAUAUCCAAAAUUUUCCAAGGCUUGCUGCGCAGUCACAAAGAUUACCAGUAUUCAAAGCAAACAUUCUUACGACUGUGGAUUCAUGAGGCAUUCAGAGUAUUUCACGAUCGACUGAUUGAUGAAAGAGACGGAGAGUGGUUCAUAAAUGAACUUAAUGAGCAGCUGGGAAAACGUUUCGAGAUGACAUUUGGUAAUUUGUGCAACGAUAAACGAAGCCCCGUAUUCGGAGGAUUUAUGAAUGCGUGGGAUAUCUAUGAAGACUUGUCAGAUUUGGGCGCCGUGCGAACUCAUAUAGAGAACCAAAUGGACGAAUAUAAUGCUUCACCUGGAAUAGUUCGUCUGGAUUUGGUAUUAUUUCGUGACGCCAUAGAGCACAUUUGUCGGAUUGUUCGUGUGAUAUCUCAGCCUCGUGGAAAUAUGCUUCUUGUUGGUAUUGGUGGAAGUGGAAGACAAUCUUUGGCUCGUGUUGCGGCAUAUAUGAGUGAACUGACCACUUUUCAAGUGGAAAUUACAAAAAAUUAUAGAGUUGGAGAGUUUCGAGAAGAUUUGAAGACCUUGUACGCUCUAGUGGGCGUUGAGAAUAAAUCCACCAGCUUUCUUUUCAAUGAUACCCAGGUGUCCGAAGAACAAUUUCUGGACAUCAUUAACAACAUGUUGAGUACGGGAGAGGUAGCAAAUUUAUAUAAAUCAGAUGAAAUGGAAAAUAUUAAGAGCAGACUUUCAAAGGAGGCGAUAAAAGCUGGUUACCUGCCAACGACUGAAGCUGUAUAUUUGUAUCUGAUUGAGAGAGUACGAGCCAAUAUGCAUAUUAUCUUAUGUAUGAGCCCAAUUGGCAGUGCAUUCAGAAAUAGAUUACGGCAAUACCCAUCUCUGAUCAAUUGUACUACUAUCGAUUGGUUCCUUGAAUGGCCCAGAGAUGCAUUACUUGAAGUUGCCAACAAAUUUCUAAAAAACUUCAACCUCAUCCGUACCAUCACUGGCGAGGACAGAGAACCUAGAAGGUCAUCAACAGCUAUACCAAGACCCCCUCUGCAAGAGAGAUUACGAGACGGGAUCGCAUCAGCCUUCUCCUUGAUCCACGAUUCAGUAUCUCAAUUUUCCAAACGAAUGUCACUUGAAAUGAAACGCUAUAACUACGUGACUUCUACAAAUUUUCUGGAGCUAGUAGCAGGAUACAAAGAAAUGUUGGUGGAAAAGCAGGGAGAGCUUGCCGAACAGUCUAAUAAACUUCGAAAUGGCCUGUUCAAAAUUGAUGAUACCCGUACAAAAGUGACUGAAAUGGCAGUGGCACUUGAAAUAACUCAGGAGCAGGUUCUCACCUCUACGAAGGAGUGUGAGGAGUUCUUAGUGGCAAUAGUGAAUCAACGGCGGGAUGCUGAUGAGACUCAAAAAGCUGUCACAGUGAAAUCCAUUCGGAUAACAGAGGAGUCGGAAGAAUGUAAGAAACUUGAAGCAAUUGCUCGGGCCGAUCUUGCUACAGUGGAACCAGCCUUGGCUGAAGCAAUGAAGGCACUUGAUGCCUUGAACAAGAAGGACUUAUCGGAAAUAAAAUCAUUCACUCGGCCACCUGCAAAAGUAGAAAUGGUGAUGGAAGCUGUUAUGUUACUGAAAUCUUCCGAACCAUCGUGGGCUGAAUCUAAAAGGCAACUUGGAGACGUGAAUUUCUUGAACACGUUACGAGAUUUUGAUAAAGACCACAUAUCAGACAAGACGUUAAAAACGAUAGGUCGAUACACAGCUAAUCCAGAUUUCGACCCCAUAAAAGUGGGAAUCGUAUCUGUUGCUGCCAAGUCGUUGUGUAUGUGGGUCAUAGCUAUGGAAAAAUAUGGAAAACUUUACAGAAUUGUAGCGCCUAAAAGAGAUAAACUGGAAUCUGCGUUAGAGUCUUUGCGACAAAAGGAAUCAGCGUUAGCUGAGGCAAAGACUCAGUUGCAAAAAUUACGUGAAGAAUUGGACAUAUUACAACAAACUUAUGAUCAAAAAAUGCAGGAGAAAGAUGAUCUAAUCACUCAGGCUGAGCUGCUGAAACUGAAACUGGAACGGGCUGCUAUGCUGGUGGAUGGUCUUUCUGGAGAACGUGUUCGAUGGCAGGAAACAGUACUCAUUCUGGAAAAAUUAUUUGAUCGGCUUCCUGGCGAUUGCCUCAUAUCAACGGCGUUCAUAUCAUACUUAGGGCCAUUUGUUUCUAAUUAUCGGGAAGAUCUGGUUAACAUCUGGAUGAAAGAGGUCAUAGAGAUGGAAAUUCCCCAUUCUUCCACGUUAGAUGUGAAAGAUUUUCUUACUGAUCCCACAACGAUCCGAGAAUGGAAUAUUCAAGGACUGCCGUCUGAUGACUUCAGUACUGAAAACGGGAUUAUAAUUACGAAAGGUGGACGUUGGCCUCUUGUCAUUGACCCACAAAGUCAAGCAGUCAAAUGGAUUAAGAAUAUGGAAUCAAGAAAUGACUUGAAGGUGAUCGACUUCGGCCAGCUUGACUUUAUGAAGACUCUAGAACAAGCUAUUCAAUUUGGGGACCCAAUUCUGCUUCAAAAUGUUGGAGAAAUCUUGGAUCCAGCUUUGAAUCCCAUUCUUCAAAAAGCUUUCAUCAAAUCAGGUGAUUUGAUCAUGAUCAAGUUCAACGACAAAUUAAUCAACUACAAUAACAAGUUCAGAUUGAUUAUUACUACGAAACUUCCAAAUCCUCAUUACGCUCCUGAAAUAUCAACUAAAACUACAUUAUGCAACUUUGCUAUUAAAGAACAAGGCUUGGAAGCUCAGCUCUUAGGAAUUGUUGUAAGAAAAGAAAAACCACAAUUAGAAGAACAAAAGGACAACCUUGUGAUAACAAUAGCAGCUGGAAAACGUACUCUCAAGGAUCUCGAAGAUAAAAUUCUCUCGCUACUGGGUAUCUCGUCUGGAUCAUUACUUGAUGAUUUGGACCUGUUGAAUACAUUACAGGUUUCCAAAGUUACGUCGAUAACUGUUCAACAAUCAUUAGUUACUUCAGAAAAAACAGAGGUUGAGAUAGAUGCAGCACGGGAAGGAUAUCGUCCAUGUUCAAAGCGAGCAGCUAUACUGUUUUUCAUUCUCAAUGAUAUGAGUCACAUCGAUCCAAUGUACCAAUUCUCUCUGGACGCAUACAUUUCUUUAUUUAUGGUUUCCAUCGAUAAAAGUCAAAAAAGUCCUAAGCUGGCUGAUCGAAUUAGUAUUUUGAACGAAUACCACACAUAUGCAUUAUAUAGGAACACCUGCCGAGGUCUUUUUGAACAACACAAGUUAUUAUUUUCGUUCAAUGCGUGCAUCAAAAUUUUGGAUGCUCAAGGAAAAGUUGUGCGAGGUGAAUACGCUUUCUUAUUGAAAGGGGGUAUCGUCGUGGACAAAGAAAAUCAACCUGAUAAGCCUGUAACAUGGUUAACUGAUGAAUCUUGGGAUAACAUCACUGAGCUAGACAAGAUUCCAGGAUUUCAUGGUGUGGCGGCAUCCUUCGAACAAUUCCCAAGGGAAUGGCAUAAUUGGUAUAUGAACACCGAGCCAGAAGUCGCUCCACUAGUAGGAGAGUGGGACGACACUUGCAAUGAGUUCCAACGAAUGUUAUUCGUACGAAGUUGCCGUUCCGAUAGAAUUUCGUUUUGCAUUACAUCAUUCAUUGUAAAUAAUCUUGGGCAAAGAUUUGUGGAACCACCCGUACUUGAUAUGAAGGCUGUGUUGGAAGAUUCUACUGCGCAAACUCCAUUGAUUUUUGUAUUAUCUCCUGGCGUUGAUCCAACCAGUACUUUGAUGCAACUUGCUGAAAACCAGGAUAUGUCGGCCAAAUUCAUGACAUUGUCGCUGGGCCAAGGCCAGGCACCGAUCGCAACAAAAAUGAUACAACUUGGUGCCCUAGAAGGAGCUUGGGUAUUUUUAGCAAAUUGUCAUUUGUCUCUUAGUUGGAUGCCGAAAUUGGACAAAAUUGUAGAAACACUUCAAACGAGUACAAUAUUACAUCCCAAGUUCAGACUUUGGCUGAGUUCCAGUCCUUCUCCAGAAUUUCCUAUAUCUAUUUUACAAGCUGGAAUAAAAAUGACAACAGAGCCACCCAAGGGAAUAAAAGCUAAUAUGAAACGUCUUUACCAUUUGAUAACGGAAACUCAAUUUGACAUGUGUGCUGCAAAAGCAAAAUAUAAGAAGCUCCUGUUUGCUUUGGUCUUUUUCCAUUCAAUGCUUCUAGAGCGAAAGAAAUUUCAGCAGUUAGGAUGGAACGUCAUAUAUAGCUUCAAUGAUUCCGAUUUUGAGGUGUCAGAAAAUCUACUGCAAGUGUAUUUAGAUGAGUAUCCUGAAACACCGUGGGAUGCUUUAAAGUAUCUCAUAGCUGGCGUCAAUUAUGGUGGCCACGUAACAGACGAUUGGGACCGUCGUUUAUUGAUGACAUACGUUCAGCAAUAUUUUUCAGUUGAUUUAUUGAACACACCAUUUUAUCGCCUUUCUUCACUAUCAACCUAUUAUGUUCCUCGGGAUGGAUCACUGGAGUCAUAUAGAGAUUUCAUAGCCGUACUACCAAAUACCGAUAAACCGGAGGCUUUCGGGCAGCAUCCUAAUGCUGAUAUCACUUCUCUCAUAAAUGAGACAAAAAACAUGUUUGAUACUCUGAUGAGCUUGCAAGUUCAAGCAGUUUCGGAGGUGGGUAGUACCAACAAGGAAGACAAGGUGAUGCAACUAGCAUUGGAUAUUUUUACAAAGAUACCAAAUUGUAUUGACUACGAAACAACAGAUAAAUUGAUAGGACCUAUAAAAACUCCACUGGACGUUGUACUGCUACAAGAAAUUAGUAGAUACAACGCACUGCUAGUUCAAACGCGGCUAAGCUUGAGCGACUUACAACGUGCGAUAAAGGGAUUAGUUCUCAUGUCCACUGAAUUGGAAGAAAUAUUCAUCUGCAUAUAUGAAGGACGCGUUCCAACACCCUGGCUUGCAACAUAUCCUUCGUUAAAACAGCUUGGUUCCUGGACAAGAGAUCUCAGAUAUCGCGUGGAACAUUUUUCAAAAUGGGCAGAAGCGACUCAUCCGCCAAUACUGUUUUGGCUGGCAGCAUAUACUUUUCCAACUGGAUUUCUCACAGCAGUCUUACAAACGUCAGCAAGACUGUGGAAUGUUUCAAUCGACUCUUUAUCCUGGGAUUUUACUGUUUUCUCCGUCGAAGAUAGUACACUUGUUGAGCCACCCACGGACGGUGUAUACGUUCGAUCCACAUACUUGGAAGGUGCUGGAUGGGACAGAAGGGUUGGGAUGUUGACCGAACCUACCCCAAUGCAACUUGUGUUCAAUAUGCCCGUCAUAUAUUUCAGACCUAUGGAAAUACUUAAGAAAAAAACAAGGGGAUUGUACAACUGCCCUUGCUAUUACUACCCACAAAGAUGUGGCGGGCAAGGAAGAUCAUCCUUCGUUGUGGCUGUUGAUUUGAAAGCAGGGCCUGAGGGACCAGAUUUUUGGAUCAAACGAGGGACGGCACUUUUAUUAAGUCUUGCCGUAUGA